AUGUUAAAAUUUUUAAUGGUUAUUUUAGUGGUGAUCUCAUUGCUUUCAAUUUUUGAUGUUGCAAAUGGAAAAAAUCUUCUAUGUAUGGAAAAUUGCAUUAAAGAAGCAGUGGAUUAUCCAUUUAAAUGUGUAUUUGGAACUCCAGUUAUUGGUAUUGUUACAUUAGGUGACGAUGGUGGUGUUGAGUGA